GCUAAUUUUUUAACUUAAAAUUAAAAAAAGAAAAAAAAAAUAGUUGUUAAAUUUAGUUUGUUAGGAUAUAAUAUUUUAGAGAAGAAGAAUUCAAACUAUAAUUAAUAUUAUUAAUUCUAGCAAGUAAUAUCUAGGUAAAUGGGAGGAUCUCCAUCCAAAAAGAAUGAAAUAGGUUAAAAUGAUUAAUACUAUAUUAAAGGUGGUUAGUAAGCAAAUGAAGCAAAAGAAAGAUCUGUUUCUUUGCCAACUCAUUCUUAACAAUAUUCCACGAUGAAUAACUACCAAAUAAAAUAAAUAGUACCUAUUAAAGCACAUAACCGAUCUGCAACAAUUAGUUACUCUUAGCCUCAUUAAUACUCCAUCACCUAAAAAAUUCCAAAUAUUUAAAAUUCAAAUUAAAAGACAGUUUUUACAGAUUUUUAUGAUUCUCAAUCAGCAAGUUAAGUGAAAUCAGUUAUUUCCAAUUUAGAUAACUCAAUGAUAGAAUAUCAAAAUAAAAAUCCUACUUAAAUUAAGUAAGAUUAGAUAUAGGACUAAUAAAAUUAAAUAUCUUCAAGAUUAAGAGUGACUUUAGCUUCAAACUAAGGUCAAAUUUAAUAGCAAUAAUAAGUUCCUUAUAUAGCUCAAACUUAGUUGUAACGUAGUUAACUUGCUACUCCUUAAAAAUAGGUCCCUAGAAUUAUAUAGAAUAGUGCAGGCUCGAUUGAUAAAUCAUCAAGAAUGUCACCUUAUUAAUUGUUGAGGAAUGUUGUUAUUUACGAUAAUAACUCUAGUUUUAACAGCAAUAACAAUAAUAACAGUGCAAAUAAAGGAAUUACAGUUACAGCUAAGCUUAAUAAUCAAUUUCCUUAAGCAUAGCAUUUCUCAAAUAUAACUUCUAAUAACAGAUAAAUGCACGCAAUAAAUGCUAGUAAUUAACCUAAAAUUUUAACUAGCUAUCCUUAAUUUUGUGAAUCAGAACAAUAAAGUACAAUAAGAACAACUAUUUCACAAAAUAUUCCCAUAGAAAAUAUUAAAGUUGUAGAUUUCUUACAAAAAAAUAAAACACCACAAAAUCAUGUAUGCCUUAAUCAAGAUAAUCCUUCAACUGUAUUAUCAUCUUAAUAAGACUGCAGCUGUAUAUUUUCUUAAAAUAACCAUUCAGAUAUUCAAUUAAACAAUAUUUAAUGCUAAAAAAAUAAUUAUUAUUAAUAAUAACUAGAAGGAAAAUAAGGUACUGGAAAUAUUUUAGUAAUUGAUAGGAAUACAGCUAGAUAAUCAAGUGCACACAACACUAGCUAAUUGAAAGAUGAAAGCUGCUUUAAUGAAUCCCCUGAAUAAAAAAAGUAAAACACAAGUAUAAGCCUAGUGAAUCAAUAAAGAAGUGUAGAUUUUGAACAGAAAGAUCUUGAAAGAGCAGAUAAUAAUAAAUAAGUAUCAAGUGAUAAUAUUUCAUCAGCUAAAUAAAAUUCAAAGUAGCAAAAUUAAGUUAUUUAACCAAAUAGCACAAAUAGAACCCAAAUCACGAGCAAUUAAACAUCCUCAACAAAAUAAGAGAAUGCUUCGAACGAAUAAACAUAAAAGAAAAAGUUAAAUACAAAUUGUCAAAAUGAGAACUACUUGAUUUAGUAAGAAACUGAAAAGAAAAUGAAAGAGCAACAAAUCAAUUAGCUAUUUUAUAGCUCUUAGCAAAAAUCUAAAAUUAAUUUAAAUUCUCCUCCUUAAGCUCAUAAAAGAGAGGAAAAAAGUUAUGGAAAAAAUAUGGAUGAUCAAGUUUCUCUAAUGUACUCUGCAACUGAAGAUUAAAAGAAAAGUGGGAACUCAGUUUUUCUAUUAAUGAAUAGUGGAAAUAAUUAGCAAACAAAACAUAAUUAUGUUUUUAUUUCUGCUAAUAAAGAUCAAAGCAUUCACAAUAAUUCUUAAACAGUAUUUUAAAAUAGUUAAUUGUGUGCAAAUAGCAACAAGCAAAUACCACAAAACUACAGAAGCAAUAAUUUUUUGUCAAAAUCCAAUUAAAAUAAUGAGAGACAGUUGAUAGUAAAGCUAGAAGAUUUAUAUAAAUAAAUGGAUACCUAACACGUCUCUUAAGAUAACUUGUUGUAAUCAAAUUAAAACUUCGUAGAUUAAUAAAUAAGGAUAAUUCCACAUCCAACAGAAUGCAAUCCUUAAAUUCAGAGAAGUUUCUCACAUGUAUCUUCUUUAAGUGUAUUUAGAGCCUCAAACGAAAAGCUAAAAGAAGAUAAAAGCUGUGAUAACUAUACAUAGUAAAGUGAGAAGAAAGAUUUAAGUAAUAAAAGCUUAAUUAAUACAUCAGUAACUUAAUUACCAACCAUACAGAAAUAUUAUUAUCCUGUUACAUCUGUUAAAAAGGUAACAACAAUAAAUAAAGAAAGCAACCAGCUUUAAUAAUAAAUUCAACCAUAUUUAUUUAAUAUUAACUAAAGAUCUUAAUCAGUUAAUUAAAGUACCUAAUUUACUGAUUCCUUUUACUAAUACUCAAGCGGUCAAAAACAAUAAAGGGAGAAUUACUUUUCAGUAGACUCUUAAAGAAACGGAGGAAUAUUUUUAUUAAAAGGCAAUUAAAAUUUUUAAGUUUAAAAUGAUUUUCAAUAAUUAUAAGCAAAAUAAAUUUGUUUAAAUGAACAACCAUCAAUUAAAGCUUUUCCUUUAAGUAAUAUAUUGAGCAGUAAUUAAAAAUAAUUGGCAAUACAAGAGCCUUCCUUUUUGCCUUUAUCUUAAUAAAUACCUAAUAUAUAAGCAUUACAACCCAAAUAACAAAUAAAAAUAGAUGCUAGGUUUUAAGUUGCUCAAAAUCAAAUAAUGUAGUAAAAAUCUGUUUAAAAUGUCAAUCUUAUUUAAAUUUAAGCAUUAAAACAAGUUUUAGAACCAAUUCAACAAAAUGGUUAAAAAUAAAAUAUUAAUGCCUAUGGUUUAAAAUAAAUUUAAUAAAAUUCAGUUUAAGAAAAUAAAACUAAAGAAAUUCAAAAUGAAGAUGGAUCCCUUAUAAAUUCAUAAAAAGAUUUAAAUGGUUAAAAAUCUAUUAUCUAAUCUUGUGAACUAAAUAAUAUGCAAAUAAAAGAAUAGGAAUUUAGCAAGGAGAUGUCAAAUAGUUAAAUUUCUCAAGCAAGUAUAUCAAUAAUACCAAGAAGCAUAGAUGUCUAAGAUAAUCCAUAAUUCAAAUAAAAUAAUAGAAUUAUAAAUGAUAGUUUUAAUUAAUAGUAACAACCGAUAGAGCAUCUCUCACAGAAGAAAUAGUUCUAAACAAAUACAUAAAAACCUUAGCAGAAGGAUCUCAAUCACUCCAGUAUGGAUUCAUUUGUUGCUACUUCAAGCUAUGCUAAUUAUUAAUCAAGUAGCUGUGAUGAAUAUAAAAAUAUUAAAAAAGAUUGCAAUAACAAGACGAAAGAUAAAGAAGAACUUAAGCAAAAUUCAUUAUCAAAUAAAAAUACUGUGAGAACAUCUGAUAUAAAGUAAGAAUAAAACAGCUCAUUCAGAUAAUAACAACAACUCCAGCAACAAAAAUAACUCUCAUAACCAAUAUAAGUGAGCAUUAACUUAUAAGAGUAGAUAUAAAAUAAAUUACAAAGGGAAAUUAAUUUAAACAGCAUCAACUUAAAACAAAAAUUAUCACCAAAAAAUGAUAAAAGAUAGUAUUCUAAUUCAGUUUAAAUAUAAAAAGAAGAGAACUUAAAGUAAUAAUAAUAAGCAGGUGUUAAUCAUAAUAAUUACUCAUUUUAAUAUAAUUCAAACAAUUUUUAGAGUAUUAAUAAUAAUAACAAUACCACCUUCGACUUUCAGUUAACUCGUACUGAUGAUGAAUACAUAUAAAAUUAAUUGCUCACUGUAAUUGAUGAGGAUAAUAAACAAUAGCAUUUGCUUAAAUCUGCACCUAAGAAAAAAUUAAAUCCUGAAGAUAAAAUCUAAAUUUAUUUAAAUUUUAGCUCUGAAAAUUCAGAUUACUCAUCUAUUUUAUCCGAUUGUAACGAAAAGCUAAGCAACUUUACACCUAUCCCAGCUAAAGAAUUAAGCUUUACCAGAUAAUUAAAGAAUCCGCUUGUAUAUGAUAAAGGAGUGCAAGUUGACUAAUUGAAUAAAGAAAAUAACCUGAUCGCAGGUAUGAAUAUCAACGUUUCUUUAGAAAAUUAAGUGAAAUUAAAUCAAUAAAAAAAUAAUGCUAAUUGCUUUUAGAUUUAAAAAUAAAACACUCUUCCAAAAAGUAAACAAUAAUCUAUUAAAAAUAAAACAUAAAGUAUCAAUAAAAAUAAAAAAAAUCCCAUAGAUAGUGCAAAUAGCACAAAUGAAUUUUAAAUUAAUAAAAUAAUACAAAAUGAACUAAACAGUGCAACCUAAGAUUCAUAUCCUUCAGAUCAAAAUAUAAAAGUCAACAGUAAAAUGAAUGAGUUAAUGCUAUUAGAAGCUUAAGACAUCUGUAAAAAAACUUUAAUUACUUACUAAAACAUUAUCGACUUAGAAGAUCAAAGAAAAUCUCCCAAAGAAUUUGAUAGAGAUUAUUGCGAAAGUCAAAAUAGUAAUUUAAAUCCUAAAAAAAGAUUUUUAACAUAAAAUGAUUAAGAAGAAGAAGAGUCAUUAAAUAAUUAUCGUGAAGCAUCAAAUUCAAUGCAAUCACAAAGCAUAAACAGUAACAAUGGUAUUGGAGGUAAUUAAAGUACACCCUUUAAUUUUUCUAAACAAUAAAUCUUUAGCAGUGUAAAUAGCUAUAAUCUGCAAAAUUCAACGAUACUAAGAAAAGUCAAUAACUAAUUCUAAGCUUUAACUUCGGUCUCUUUAAAUAAUAAUACAGACAACGAGAAGGAGCAUUUAAAGAGUCAAAUUAAAAACAUAAUAGAUAUCGGAGACAAUGAGAUAUUUUUUAAAUAUUGCAAAAAAAGUGGUACUUUGGUUCCUAUUCCAUAAUCAAAAAUAGACGAAAUAUUAUUUGAAAAAUCAUAGAAUGUACUAGCAAAUUAAUAUUAAUAAACUUAGAGCAGCAAAAAAUUGUAUAAUAAUACAUCUCUAAAUUUAGAUUAACCUUAAAAUGUUUGCUAAGAAAAGAGGUCAUAGUCAAAUAUGCCAGUAGGAAAAAAAUAAAAUGCAAAUUUUAAUAAUUUAUAUAACAAUUAAUAUUUAUUUUCAAAACAUAACUCAAACUUAUAUACAGAUGUACUUGAAAGAUACUCUGGCUUCAUAAAUAAAAAAGCUCGUGAACAAAAAUCUAAAAUAUAAUAGACUUAUUAAAACUUGCAUAAUAGUAAGUAAUCCUCUUCUACAAACAGAUCAAGAUAAAAAUAGAAUUUAAGAGUUUGA